GAGGAGGAGGAAGUCGGGACUGAGCCGUUUCCUGUAGGCAGAGGGAUGAGCGCAGACAAAGCUGGGUGGGGACUCGGCACUCGGGGCUGCUGCUGACCACCCUCCUCCAUCCCUGCAUCCCUGCAUCCCUGCAUCCCGCAGCCCGCAGCCCGCCGCGGGGGACUCGGGGCAGCACCGCCUCCAGUGAUUUCUGGAGCUGAGGGCUUCGUGUGCUGCAGGAGUUGUUUGGCACAGCGACGGUCUGGAGCGGUAGCGAACGGGCAAGAGGAGCAGAUCUUCUCUAGAGACACAAAUCACCUGAGAGACCUGCUUCUGUCCAUCCGGAGAGCGCGCUUGGCCUGCCCAUGGCUAGCAACAACACUGCUAGCAUAGCGCAAGCCCGCAAGCUGGUGGAGCAGCUGAAGAUGGAGGCCAACAUCGACAGGAUAAAGGUGUCCAAAGCGGCAGCAGACCUGAUGGCGUACUGCGAAGCCCACGCCAAGGAAGACCCUCUAUUGACCCCUGUCCCAGCCUCAGAAAACCCGUUUAGAGAGAAGAAGUUCUUCUGCGCCAUCCUGUAAACCCUUGAGGAGCCUGACCAGCACUCAGGCCACCCUGAACACUGAUGUAGAGUUUUUAGGAAUGGGGACGACCUGCUAGUCCACAGAAUUUAAACAAAAAUAAGUAAAAUACAUGGCCUGGAAGCUACAGAGAUGUGCAUGUUUAAAGAAUCUGGCCACCUUUGGGGGAAUAAGAUGAUCUGCAUUGCAAGGCAAAAGAUCUGAAGUCUGUAGAGUUGCCUAGAAAGUAAAUAAUUUUAUAUAUAUAUAUGUAAAGAAUAAAUUUGUGUCACUUUUCUGCUCACAGAACUGUUUGGUUGUUCCAUAUUUCAAGCACCAGAGCUGUGCUGAGCAAAGUUAACUGCUGAGGAUGUGUAUAACCUUCUUGGAAUGAUAUUGUUGGUUCCUUUCCAAGCUAUUCUUUUUUUUUCAUUUAAGUUGUCAGGUAUACAUAGCGACAGGCUUGGUGAUGAUGAUGUUAUUUAAUGUUUGGUCUUGUGCUUCUUAAUUCCUGGUGGUUGCGUAGGGGUUGAGUGGCCCCGCCGCACGUUAGCAAGGACUCCGGCAGCUCUGUGUUUCUAGCGAACCCCAUUUUCUAACAUUUUCCAUAUGCUUUGCAAGUAAACGUGAAAUCUGUGGUCGUGGUUGGUGCUUCAUACUCCCGUGAUGACGUUCAGUGGUAGUGCAUGAGUUUCUUGCUGUCCAUCCGCUCCAGGCUUUGCUUUUCUAUCAUUUUUGACACCACGUGCUGGUGGGAGAAGCUGUAGGGAGGAAACCAAGGUGAUUCUGAAAGCCAAGACAGCUCCUGCGAUGCCUUAGACGUGCCUGAAAUACCUCGUGCGUUAGGGUAGGUGCCAGCCCCCAGGCGUGGGGGCUCAGGGUGGCCCCCGCUGUGGGCAUCACGGGGUAGCUAGAAACCUGAAAAUCCAAGUUGACUGCUUCUUUCGAGGUCUUUCCUCUUCUCCUACACCUGUGUGCCUCUGCCCCCUUUGCUUGGUCCAUGUCUUGCUCUUUCCACCUCCCAGCAGCAUCUCCUCCCUUUGGGGCUGGGCUAGGAUGAUGCCCCGUAGUGGGAUGCUGCCCCACGGUGGCAUCAUAGAAUAGUUUGGGUUGGAAAAGACCUUAAAGACCAUCCAGUUCCACCCCCUGCCAUGGGCAGGGACACCUCCCCCUGGAUCAGGCUGCCCAAGGCCCCAUCCAACCUGGCCUUGAACACCUCCAGGGAUGGGGCAGCCAUGACUUCCCUGGGCAACCUGGGCCAGGGUCCCACCACUCUCGUGGUGAAGAAAUUCUUCCUAGUCUCUAGCCUAAAGGGGAUGCUGCCCCAUGGGGGGCAUGUUGGCAUGUUAGGGGGAUGUUGCCCUGCCCUGGGAUGCUUCUACCCCUUCCUGCACCCACUGGCUCUCCCAUUGCCACUGCUCUCCUGCCACAGUUUGGGGAGCCACCCCUUCACGGAGGUGCCUGAUACCUUGUUUACACGCAGCCUGAGCUCCUCUUCAGGCUGGGGAAUUAUCCCCAGAUCUGGUUCAUCCGUCCACAUUUCGGGGGACACACGCCACCGUUUUUUGGCUCCACCUCGGGUUGGGUAUUUUUGCGGCCAUCGCUUGCCUCUCCUUCCCAUUGUUAACCCCCUCCUGGCUUUCCCCACUCCUUGGGAAUCACAAGCUGGGGAUCUGUGUCCAACAUUAUGCGGGUGGCACAUAGGGUUUUGAGGGGUCUGCAGUUGACCCCUAGUUCCGAAUCAGGUAUCAGCUUCCAAAUCCCUGUGGAUUCAAGAGGGCAAUAGUCUUUAGGUACCUUUUGGUGACUCUUUCUAGCCCGUACCAAGUGCAUUUUGGUUUUUCUACCUUUUCAUACUCUUUUUCUAGUCUUCUACAGAGAAGACCCGUUGUUCUUACACUGGACUCAAAACUUUUGGCAUCUGGGAAUGUUUAUAUGAUGCGAGUAGCCUGCGUCGUGGCUUUCAGCCCCCAGAUCCCCCCGUCUCCAUCCUUUUAUGACAGCUCACGUAGCUUUAGGACAAAGGGCGGAUGAAGUGGUUUGCUCUGCAGCUGUUUUCAUGGUGUUCUGAGGCAGAUGUGUAAAUACCCCAUCCUGGGUUUGGCUGAUUUACCGUCACAGAAAGCUGGUCUGAUCCAGGGCUCACCCUCCCAACCCUUCUCAAAUGCUGUCACGGAGUGGUUUGUAAUAAUUUUUUUAACGACUUGCGUAUUUUACAACUGGAAUUCUUAAUAAAUAAACGAAGAAAUAAAACUGCAUGAAGCUGGGGCGGCGGGAGGGCGGGGUUUUGAAUUAACCUAAACUGCUCAUUGAAGGUGUUUUACGUUGCUGGUCUUUAUUUAUGUAGGUAGUGGUGUUGACAUUGGUGUGCUGCCAGGUAUUUCACCCCAGUAUUUAUAUUUACACAGAAUCACCUUUGUUAGCCAAGUAGAGAUCGCCUGCCAAGAGCGUUUCCCCCCCCCCCCCCCAGUCAUCUCUCCAUCCCGAUGCUGUAUUUCCAGCGUGGUAUCAAUUCCAUUCAACUCUACCCCCAGGAUGCGAAAGAAAAAAUAUCUGGAGGACUGGAAAAGGACUUUAUUUUUUUUUUUUCCCACUAAGGUUGCUGGUGGUGGAGGUGAAGUAGUGCCUCCGCUGCCAGGAUUCUGCGGAGGGGGUGGUUGUAAGCGAAAGUCAGCGCGGGGAGGUCGGCGGUGUGAUGUAGCGCAUCCCCAUCCCACGUGGUCUGUGUACUCGUCGGAAAUAAAACUUUGGAUUUGUUUCAA